GUAAACUUUGCCUCCAAUGACCCAGGUUAUUUAGUGUUCAUUCCAUCCAGAAUUGCAGACAACAGACACCUUAUUUUGCAACUUUUGAAUGUGACUUGUGGCAGAGAAGACUUAAGUGCUUCCCUGCAGGAUUUGGGCAGCCUGAAGGAAGAUGGCUACCUACUGAUGGUGUGCUGUGAGGGGGGCAAGGGCAGUGUUAAAGAUUGCCCUCUGUGGUUUGGUCAGGUUGUAAAAGUGGAUCCUACAGCUGAGACUGCAAUUGCUCUGUCACACAUACAGGUUGAAGGUUUACUUCUUGUUGUGAUUCAUUCAUCUCAGCUUAGUGAACAACGAAAGGAGUUUGAGUCUUUGAUGGGAAAAACAAUACAACUAGUAAAUGAACAGACUUCUUGUCAUCAAGCCAUUGCAGAAUCCUUAACAGAACUAAAGUUCAAAAUUGACAUUGUUCCACGUCCAUGUGCUUCCAACACCUCAAAAUUUUACCUGUGUAGGGGUCUGCAAUGGAGCUUCAAGAAAGAGUUGUUCAAGCCAUAAAGCAAGUGGAUGACAAGUUUUACUGUGAAGACAUGGCAAAUUUUGACGACAAUGAGAGAAACCAUCUCCUUAACUUAUAC